AUGGCGAAGAUUACACGUCGUUAUCGCAUUGGCGUCGAUGUUGGUGGCACCAACACCGACGCUGCGCUAGCUGAAGCAUCUUACCACAACAAUGACGGGAAGCAACCAAAGGUAAAGAUCGUCAACAGCAGCAAGAGUGCAACAACGACCGAUGUCACCACAGGAAUAUGCGCCGCAAUUAAUCAACUCAUAGCCACUUCGAAUAUCGCACCUUCAGACAUCUUGUCUGUCAACAUUGGCACCACACAUUUCAUCAAUGCCAUCGUACAAGCAGACCAGACCAAGCUUCGACCUGUGGCUGUCUUGAGACUUUGUGGUCCAUUCUGCCGCGAGGUUGUACCGUUCACGGACUUUCCCACUGAGCUUCGCUCUGUUCUUCAAGGGCCUGUGGGUUAUAUCAAUGGAGGGUUGGAGAUUGAUGGCCGCUUGAUAUCCGACAUUGACGAUGCCCAAGUGCUAGAAUUCGCAGACAAAAUCAUCCAAGCCGGGGUCCACACAGUUGUUGUCAACGGUGUCUUUUCGCCUAUUGACACUGCGCCUGUCACACAAGAAGAGCGAGUCAAGCAGAUCCUCUACCAGCGUUUGCCAGGAAUUGAUGUUGUCUGUUCCAGAGACGUUGGCCGUCUUGGCUUUCUGGAGAGAGAAAAUGCUGCCAUUCUCAAUGCUGCCAUCCUCUCUUUUGGUCGAGUAACCAUCUCGUCCUUCCAGCAGGCUAUCAGAGAUAUUGGUCUUGAUUGUCCUCUGUACCUGACCCAGAAUGAUGGCACAGUUUUGGAUGCUUACUCGGCAUCUUUGACACCGAUACGGACCUUUUCGUCCGGUGCGACGAACUCUCUUAUUGGCGCUCUCUUCUUAUCUGGCCUACAUGAAGGAGGUUGCAAGAUCAAUAUGAAGGAAAAUCAAGUGAUAAUGUGUGACAUUGGGGGCACUACAUCCGAUUUUGCAGCAUUGUCACCAUCAGGCCUGCCGAGACAGUCUCCGGCCACUGUCAAGGUUGGAGGCGUCAGGACGGCGUUCAGCAUGCCUGAAGUCUUGAGCAUUGGUCUUGGAGGAGGAUCCAAGGUCAAUGAGCAUGAUGAUGGUCAAGUCACAGUAGGCCCACUUUCGGUUGGCCAUCUCUUGACGAGCCAAAGCAAAUGCUUCGGAGGUAAUACAUUGACGGCAACCGAUAUUGUUGUUGCUUCUGGCCAAGGCCACAAGGUAAGAGGGAGCGUGCCAAACAUUGGGGGUUUGAACCAAAGACUCAUCGAUCUCGCGCGCCGUACAAUCCGAAAGAAAAUCGAGCAGGGUAUCGAUAUCAUAAAGACAUCUGAUCUUCCAGUUGUCCUUCUUUUAGUGGGAGGAGGUUCGAUCAUCUUGCAGGAAGCGCCGGAGAACGUUGCACAGUUUCUGCAACCUGACUUUUCCGAUGUUGCCAAUGCCGUCGGAGCCGCGAUUGCCAAGAUUUCUGGUGAGAUAGACAUUAUUGUCACGCCUGGAGGGCAGACAAGUGAGGAGAUCAAAUCGAGUAUUUGUCAAAGGGCUAUCGAUUUGGCCAUUGAGAAUGGUGCCGCGAGAGACACCGUCGAGGUGCUAGAGGUGGAUCUCAUUCCCCUCCCAUAUACCAGCGACGGAGCAGUGAGAGCAGUGGCUAAAGCAGUUGGUGAACUGGGCUGGGCUCCCGAUUUCGGGCGAACAAAGGUUCAACUGGUCGAGGUGAAACAGCCACCGAGAAUUAAUGGGUUUCACUGGCAGCCAGUACAGCACAGCCGGUCUUUUCAUCUCGACAACAACAUGAUACCUGGAUAUCGGCCCAAUGUCUCCAAGAAUAAAAGUGAAUGGAUCUUGUCUGCAACAGAUCUGCUGUUCAUUUCAGAGGGUGUUGGGGUUCUUGGUACAGGUGGUGGUGGGUCAGUAUACACAACGUACUUGAAUGCUCUUCAAGUGCUUGAAGCAAGCCAACCUGGUCGGUUGCGAGUUGUGGAUGUGUCUUCAUUAUCGCCCGAAGCAAACAUAGCGAGUGUUGCAUUCGUAGGAGCGCCAUCAGUGUCGAACGAGCGCCUCAAUGGCGAGCGUGAGCUGCAAUCAGCGACAGAAGCACUAGUAAAAUACCAAUCCUUGAAAAGCUUGGAUGGACUCUUGGCGGGAGAAGUUGGCGGCUCCAAUGGAAUGAGAGCCUUCUCGGUGGCGAUAGCCAUGGAUAUACCAGUCGUGGAUGGAGACUCAAUCGGCCGAGCUUUUCCCCGAAUUGAUAUGAGUCUGCCAUAUGUGUUCAAGGCAGCGUCACCAUGCCCAGCGGCUUUUUCCGAUGCUCGGGGGAAUGAUCUGGUCAUUGCGAAUGCUUCAAGUGCGAGGAAAUUUGAGAGUAUGGCACGGAGUACGGCAAUUGAACUAGGCCUGUCUGUUGCCAUGGCCAUGAAUCUGAAAGGCGAGGUGGUCAAGAAGUACUGCGUACAUCGAACGAUAUCUCUGAGUUGGUUCAUAGGGAAGGCGAUUUGCACUGCCCGGGCGCUUCGCACUGACAUUGUAGAUGCCUUGAUCUCAACUGUGCGAGGGGCUAGAAAAUUGUACUCUGGUAAGGUGGUUGAUGUAACAAGGGAGGUUAAAGGUGGCUGGACCAUGGGGACCGUGACGUUGACAUUGGACGACGAGGUCAAGAUAGACUCAUCUAAGGGUGAAGGGCCGGCCACGGAAGCUCGUCCGUUGCAGCUGCAGUACCAGAACGAGUUUCUCUAUGCAGCAUUGGUCAACCCCGAUUCGACGCUGGAAGUGGUAUGCACAACACCAGACCUGAUCAGUGUCCUGGACCAGGACGGUAGUGCCGUGGCGACGCACGAACUCCGGUAUGGGUUGCGGGUCAGCGUUGUGUCCAUGCCGGCAGAUCCAUUGUGGAAGACCGAGGAAGGGAUGGCGAUUGCCGGCCCUAGAGGAUUCGGCAUCGACAUGGAUUACAAGGAGUAUGGGGUUCAACCGCAGGAACCGCAGUCUGUGAUCGAGGUCUACGGAGUGUGA